GGCAUUUUGCUCGCCAAUCUAAUGCUUGCAUUAUUUGCAUUGGUGGCAAUUGAGAGCGGGAGCCAGCAGCUUGGGAGGGCUUAUGUGGGUUUCCUAUCCUGUAUGCUGGUCCUUGAUGUGGUCUGGUUGAUGGCCUUCUCCUCAGAGAUCAGGAAUGUGGAGCAGAUCGAAGACAUCAAGCUUGGGAAGCGGACGUUGUGGUCGAUAGAAUUGGGAUGGUGGUUAGAGCUGCUGGGGUUUCUAGUGCGGUGCGUCUCGGCAGUUCUCUGGUGGAAGAUGUGGAUGAUCGGCUCGCAGAAUGAGGAAGCGUCAUACAGCCCUGUCGGCUUUGAUCAACGGCGGACGACGUCACCAGAGGACAGCCCACGAAACAGUGGUGAAGUUCUCGGAGGGUCGAUCUAUAACCCGACUCUGUACGCAUCGGUUUUCCAUCACAACUACCAGCCAUAUUACCACCCUCCUGUGAGCAUUUUACGCGAAAACCAAGUUGAAAAGGACGAUGUCAUAGAGGGCAAACAAAGGGCAUCAGAUAGAGAGGAAGAUGAUCUAGGAAAUGCUGCUUGAGUCCUGGUAAUCUAGGUAUCUUCCUUUCCCCUUCUGCCUUAGAGAUGGUUAAUGGAGGGCCAAAAAUUUGCCGUUUUUGCCGCGUCACCGCAAGCAACGUAUUGAAAUUUGAAAAACAUUUGGACACAAGAAAGUAUGGGCUCAUACUGCAAACACCAAAAAAAUUGCCGAAAAUCACGCACGCUGUUAAUCACGUGUGCUCUUCCCCAGACCUAUAUUGGGUGCAGGGGAAACCGUAUGCCUUUGAGCUCUAAGGCUUAAUCAAAGCAGACACAGAAG